AUGCAACAGUUAUCGAUACCGAGAUUACAUGAAUUUCCAUCGAAAAGAAAAUUAUCAAUGAUAAAAUCAUCUAAUCUUAGUGAUAUGCCAAGUGUUACACACGGAAGCAAUCAUCGAAGUAAUAUAACAGCAGAGAAUACGAUAUGGUCAGAAUUACUGUUUGGUCCACGUGGUGUAUUAACAGCUGUUUUUCAUAUUCUUGAUGACCGACGUAAAAUUACGGAGAAAAUACGUGACAGAACUACAAUCAUCAAAAAUAGCUUUAAUAAUAAGCAAACAACUGAUACGUAUCAUCAGUCAGAUUUAUCAUUACUACCUGAUUUUCUGAUAGAUGCAAAGCCAAUCGAUUUUGCAAAAAUUUUUGAAUCAUUUUUAACGGGCUCAAAGGGAAAUUUUGAUGAGCGCAUUUUUAAUUUACCAGAAAUAUUGGGAAUUUGUAAUCGACUUAGUUGUGGAGAUAUUUACAAAGCUAUUGAUGCAUUUCGAAAAAGUGAAUUUUUUAUUAACUUUCAGACAGCAUUACAAUUAAUACAAGAUCCGAAAGGAUGGGAAAUUCUUGGUGAUCUUAUUUCAAAUCCUGAUUUGAUUGCUCAAUUCAUGAAUGGAGCAGGUGGAGCUAAAGGUGAUCGUGGUAGUAUAGGAAAUUUAUUUGGCAGUAUUACUCGUACUAGUAAAUCAUCAAAAAAUAAUACUAAAGAAAUUGGUCCGGAAGAUGGCGAUAUUGGCAUCGAUUUUAGCAAAAUGAUUGAAAAUGGUAACAGCGGUUAUGGUAAUAAAUUCGAGAAAUCAAAAAAGCCAACUGCUGAAGAAUUACCUGAAAUUGCGGAGAAUAUUGAUGCAAUCGACUAUUACAACGCCGUUGAAAGUGGUGCAGAUAUUGAUGAUAUUGAAAAAAUUACUAAACCAGAUAUUACUGCGAUAACGGAAACAACUACAAUAGCAUCAUUGAUACAAACCAAAAUAUCAUCUAUUAUUACGGACUUAGGCCUAAUAUUACCUGAAAUUUCUGAAAAUAUUGAUCAAAUUGAGCAGACAAAAAUAAUAAUUGAUGCUAUCACACCGAUUCCAACAAAAAUUUCAGGCCGACAAACCACUGUUGCAACUCUUCAACGACUACGACGUCCUUAUAUCACCGUAACUUAUAAACCUAUCAUUGCAAGAACAACAACAAUAACAACUGAUAAACAAACAAUAACAACUCGUUAUUCUACCUGGAUAAGUACAAGUGCAAGAAGAUCAACUACUAAAUCAACAACCAGAAAUUUCCGUGAAGAUAGUGAUUAUUAUGCUAUGUAUUAUGAUGAUGUAAGAGGUUAA